AUGACACUACUACGAAUGGCAUUAGAAGUGGUAGUCACUGUGCUUUUUGUGGCAGGGACAGGCGGUGGUGGUGGUGGUGGUGGCGGCCUGUUACAGUCGGCGGGGGCUAGUCGACCGAACCAGAGGUUGAGGCUCCACAAUUUUGACGAUUUUCUCCUGAACUUCGAACCAGAAAAUAGAAUAAUGCGGACCAAAAUGAUUCGUACACUUUCUCGCACGUCUGAUGAUGAAGAUCUUCAGUCAUUCGUCCAUCUUUUAACAUUCAUUCUUUUUUUCUUUUGUUUCGUUUUCUAUUCAUUCUUCGUUACUCGUCAUUCGUCCUUUUUUUUAACAUUCAUUUUUUUUUUCUUUUGUUUCUUUUUUCUAUUCAUUUUUUCGUUUACUCUUUUAGGUCAUUCGUCCUUCUUUUUUAACAUUCAUUCUUUUUUUGUCUUUUGUUUCUUUUCUAUUAAUUCUUCAUUUCUCUUUAGGGCAUUCGUCCUUCUUUUAACAUUCAUUCUUUUUUUCUUUUGUUUCUUUUGCUAUUCAUUUUUCGUCAUUCGUCCUUCUUUUAACAUUCAUUCUUUUUUUCUUUUCUUUCUUUUUCUAUUAAUUCUUCAUUACUCUUUAGGUCAUUCGUCAUUCGUCUUUUUUAACAUUCAUUCUUCUUUUCUUUUCUUUCUUUUUCUAUUAAUUCUUCAUUACUCUUUAGGUCAUUCGUCAUUCGUCCUUCUUUUAACAUUCAUUCUUUUUUUUUCUUUUCUUUCUUUUGCUAUUCAUUUUUUCGUUACUCUUUACGUCAUUCGUCCUUCUUUUAACAUUCAUUCUUUUUUUCUUUUCUUUCUUUUUCUAUUCAUUUUUCGUUACUCUUUAGGUCAUUCGUCAUUCGUCCUUCUUUUAACAUUCAUUCUUUUUUUCUUUUGUUUAUUUUGCUAUUCAUUUUUCGUCAUUCGUCCUUCUUUUAACAUUCAUUCUUUUUUUCUUUUGUUUCUUUUGCUAUUCAUUUUUCGUUACUCUUUAGGUCAUUCGUCCAUUUUUAACAUUCAUACUUCUUUUCUUUUGUUUCUUUUGCUAUUAAUUCUUCGUUACUCUUUAGGUCAUUCGUCCUUCUUUUUAACAUUCAUUCUUUUUUUUCUUUUGUUUCUUUUUGCUAUUCAUUUUUCGUUACUCUUUAGGUCAUUCGUCCUUCUUUUUAACAUUCAUACUUCUUUUCUUUUUGUUUCUUUUUCUAUUAAUUCUUCAUUACUCUUUAGGUCAUUCUGUCCUUCUUUUAACAUUCAUACUUCUUUUCUUUUGUUUCUUUUUCUAUUAAUUCUUCAUUACUCUUUACGUCAUUCGUCAUUCGUCCUUCUUUUAACAUUCAUUCUUCUUUUUCUUUUGUUUUCUUUUUCUAUUAAUUCUUCAUUACUCUUUAGGUCAUUCGUCCUUCUUUUAACAUUCAUUUUUUUUUCUUUUUGUUUUUUUUGCUAUUCAUUUUUUCGUUACUCUUUUAGGUCAUUCGUCCUUCUUUUAACAUUCAUUCUUUUUUUUUCUUUUUCUUUCUUUUCUAUUAAUUCUUCAUUACUCUUUGGGUCAUUCGUCCUUCUUUUUUUAACAUUCAUUCUUUUUUUCUUUUCUUUCUUUUUGCUAUUCCUUUUUUCGUUAAUCUUUAGGUCAUUCGUCCUUCUUUUAACAUUCAUUCUUUUUUUUUUUCUUUCUUUUGCUAUUCAUUUCUCGUUACUCUUUAGGUCAUUCGUCAUUCGUCCUUCUUUUAACAUUCAUUCUUUUUUUCUUUUGUUUCUUUUGCUAUUAAUUCUUCAUUACUCUUUACGUCAUUCGUCCUUCUUUUUUAACAUUCAUUCUUUUUUCUUUUUUUUCUUUUGCUAUUCAUUUUUUCGUUACUCUUUACGUCAUUCGUCCUUCUUUUUAACAUUCAUUCUUUUUUUUUCUUUUGUUUCUUUUGCUAUUCAUUUUCGUUACUCUUUUAGUUCAUUCGUCCUUCUUUUAACAUUCAUACUUUUUUUUUUUGUCAUUCGUCCUUCUUUUAACAUUCAUUCUUUUUUUUUUUUUUUCUUUUGCUAUUCAUUUUGUUAUUCAUUUCUCGUCCUUCUUUUUAGGUCAUUCUUUUCUUUUGUUUCUUUUUUUUUUAAUUCUUCAUUCUCUUUACUUCAUUUUUUUUUUUUCAUUUUUUUUUUUCUAAUUUCGUUAUUCAUUUUCGUCAUUCGUCAUUCGUCCUUCCUUCUUUUAUCAUUCAUUCUUUUUUCUUUUCUUUUUUCUUUUCUAUUCAUUUUUUACUCUAUUCAUUUUUCGUUACUUUUAGGUCAUUCGUCCUUCUUUUUUAACAUUCAUUCUUUUUUCGUCAUUCGUCCUUCUUUUAACAUUCAUUCUUUUUUUCUUUUCUUUCUUUUUCUAUUAAUUCUUCAUUACUCUUUAGGUCAUUCGUCCUGGUCAUUCGUCCUUCUUUUAACAUUCAUUCUUUUUUUCUUUUCUUUCUUUUGCUAUUCAUUUUCGUUACUCUUUAGGUCAUUCGUCCUUCUUUUAACAUUCAUUCUUUUUUUCUUUUUUGUUUCUUUUUCUAUUAAUUCUUCGUUACUCUUUAGGUCAUUCGUCCUUCUUUUAACAUUCAUUCUUUUUUUCUUUUCUUUCUUUUGCUAUUCAUUUUCGUUACUCUUUAGGUCAUUCGUCCUUCUUUUAACAUUCAUUCUUUUUCUUUUCUUUCUUUUUUUUGCUAUUCAUUUUUCGUUACUCUUUACUUCAUUCGUCCUUCUUUUAACAUUUUAUUCUUUUUUUUCUUUUUUUGUCAUUCGUCCUUCUUUUAACAUUCAUUCAUUUUUUUCUUUUCUUUUUUUUUUAUUCAUUUUCGUUACUCUUUUUAGGUCAUUCGUCCUUCUUUUAACAUUCAUUCUUCUUUUAACAUUCAUUCUUUUUCUUUUGUCAUUCGUCCUUCUUUUAACAUUCAUUUUUUUUUCUUUUUCUUUCUUUGCUAUUCAUUUCUCGUUACUCUUUAGGUCAUUCGUCCUUCUUUUAACAUUCAUACUUCUUUUCUUUUGUCAUUCGUCCUUCUUUUUAACAUUCAUUCUUUUUUUUUCUUUUUUUUUUUAUUCAUUUUUCGUCAUUUGUCCUUCUUUUAACAUUCAUUCUUUUUUUCUUUUCUUUCUUUUUCUAUUAAUUCUUCAUUACUCUUUAGGUCAUUCGUCCUGGUCAUUUGUCCUUCUUUUAACAUUCAUACUUCUUUUCUUUUGUUUCUUUUUGCUAUUAAUUCUUCGUUACUUUUUUAGGUCAUUCGUCCUUCUUUUAACAUUCAUUUUUUUUUUCUUUUGUUUCUUUUGCUAUUCAUUUUUCGUCAUUCGUCCUUCUUUUAACAUUCAUUCUUUUUUUCUUUUCUUUCUUUUUCUAUUAAUUCUUCAUUACUCUUUAGGUCAUUCGUCAUUCGUCCUUCUUUUAACAUUCAUUCUUUUUUUCUUUUCUUUCUUUUGCUAUUCAUUUUUCGUCAUUCGUCCAUCUUUUAACAUUCAUUCUUUUUUUCUUUUGUUUCGUUUUCUAUUCAUUCUUCGUUACUCGUCAUUCGUCCUUUUUUUUAACAUUCAUUCUUUUUUUCUUUUGUUUCUUUUUCUAUUCAUUUUUCGUUACUCUUUAGGUCAUUCGUCAUUCGUCCUUCUUUUAACAUUCAUUCUUUUUUUCUUUUGUUUCUUUUGCUAUUCAUUUUUCGUCAUUCGUCCUUCUUUUAACAUUCAUUCUUUUUUUCUUUUCUUUUUUUCUAUUAAUUCUUCAUUACUCUUUAGGUCAUUCGUCCUUCUUUUAACAUUCAUUCUUUUUUUCUUUUCUCUCUUUUGCUAUUCAUUUUUCGUCAUUCGUCCUUCUUUUAACAUUCAUUAUUUUUUCUUUUCUUUCUUUUGCUAUUCAUUUUUCGUCAUUCGUCCUUCUUUUAACAUUCAUUCUUUUUUUCUUUUGUUUCUUUUUCUAUUAAUUCUUCAUUUCUCUUUAGGUCAUUCGUCCUUUUUUAACAUUCAUUCUUCUUUUCUUUUGUCAUUCGUCCUUCUUUUAACAUUCAUUCUUUUUUUCUUUUGUUUCUUUUUCUAUUCAUUCUUCAUUACUCUUUACGUCAUUCGUCCUUCUUUUAACAUUCAUUCUUUUUUUCUUGUUUCUUUUUCUAUUCAUUCUUCGUUACUCUUUAGGUUAUUCGUCAUUCGUCCUUCUUUUAACAUUCAUUCUUUUUUUCUUGUUUCUUUUUCUAUUCAUUCUUCGUUACUCUUUAGGUUAUUCGUCCUUCUUUUAACAUUCAUUCUUUUUUUUUUUUUUGUUUUUUCUAUUAAUUCUUCAUUACUCUUUAGGUCAUUCGUCCUUCUUUUAACAUUCAUUCUUUUUUUCUUUUCUUUCUUUUUCUAUUCAUUCUUCGUCAUUCGUCCUUCUUUUAACCUUCAUUCUUUUUUUCUUUUGUUUCUUUUUCUAUUCAUUCUUCGUUACUCUUUAGGUUAUUCGUCAUUCGUCCUUCUUUUAACAUUCAUUCUUUUUUUCUUUUGUUUCUUUUUCUAUUCAUUCUUCGUCAUUCGUCCUUCUUUUAACAUUCAUUCUUCUUUUCUUUUCUUUCUUUUCUUAACUUUAUUUUCAAAGUUCUCUUUUCUUCUUUCCUUUUUGUCCACCACCACACCCAUUCACAGCCUCUAA